GCAAAAGCGAGCCAUCUUUCUCCGUCUGUUUUGUGGGGUUGCGUUGCAACCUGGCAACCCGAAUAGCAGCUUGUACCGAGUCAACGGAGAGUUGACAGGAGCAAUAUUACUGCCUUGAGCACACGUUAUUUAUAGGAAAGAUUGCCUCCCUUAACGGGAACGCUUUUGUUUUCUUGUGUUAACGACUGACAGUUAAUUACAAAGGUCAGAUCUGCAACAGCAAGAUGUGCAGUCUGUGUAAGUCGCAAUGUUAGUCAUUGUAUAUGGACAUUCAGUAUGCUUGCCUAUUGGACCUAAACUGGCUGAAGACGACUUAAGAGGCUGCUGUGUCAGUCAGCGCUUGAACCCACAGUAGGAGAAGAAAUGGGGAACACAGCAACCAAGUUCCGUAAGACUCUCAUCAAUGGAGAUGAGAUGCUGGCCUGCCAACUCUAUGAGAGCAACCCACAGUUUAAGGAGGCUCUAGAUCCCAACUCUACAUAUGGAGAGUCCUACCAGCACAACACUCCACUGCACUAUGCUGCUCGGCACGCGAUGACACGUCUAGUCAAGUCUUUUCUCCUAAACAAAGAUGGAAAUCCUAACAAGCGCAAUGUACACAAUGAGACAUCUCUGCACCUCCUCUGCAUGGGGCCCCAGAUCCUGACCUCGGAAGGGGCACUGCAACCUCGGAUUUCACGGCCAUAUGAGGAUGAACAGCGUCGGGCAGAAUGUCUACAUAUGAUCCUGUCAUGGACCGGAGCAAAGCUGGACCAUGGAGAGUAUGAGAGUGCUGAUAUCAAUGCCACCGACAACAAGAAAAACACCUGUCUGCACUACGCUGCUGCCUCAGGCAUGAAGAUUUGUGUUGAGCUCCUGCUGCAGAGAGAUGCGGACCUGUUUGCAGAGAAUGAAAACCGUGAGACUCCAUGUGACUGUGCAGAGAAGCAGCACCACAAGGACUUGGCCUUGUGCCUAGAGUCGCAGAUGGUCUUCUCUCUUGCCCCUGAGGCAGAGGGUAUCGAGGCAGAGUAUGCUGCUCUCGACCGAAGAGAGCUGUAUGAAGGCCUGCGGCCUCAAGACCUACGGAGGCUGAAGGACAUGCUGAUAGUGGAAACAGCAGAUAUGCUUCAGGCCCCUCUCUUCACUGCAGAGGCUUUGCUUCGGGCCCAUGACUGGGACAGAGAGAAGCUCCUAGAGGCCUGGAUGAACAAUGCGGAGGAAUGUUGCCAACGCUCAGGGGUUCAUAUGCCCAACCCACCUCCAAGUGGCUGUAAUGCCUGGGACACCUUGACCUCACCCCGGACGCCACGCACCACCCGCUCCUCUAUCACCUCCUCAGACCAAAUCAGCCUCAUGCCUGCCGAUGAGGAGUGUUCUCUGUGUGGUAUCUGCAUGUCUUCCAUCUCAGUCUUUGAGGAACCGGUUGACAUGGCCUGUGGCCACGAGUUCUGCAGAGCAUGCUGGGAAGGGUUUCUAAAUCUCAAGAUCCAAGAAGGUGAAGCUCACAACAUCUUCUGCCCAGCCUACGACUGCUACCAGCUAGUUCCUGUGGAAGUCAUAGAGAGUGUGGUGUCUAGAGAGAUGGACAGGCGCUAUCUGCAGUUUGACAUUAAGGCAUUUGUGGAGAACAAUCCAGCAAUCCACUGGUGUCCCGAGGCGGGGUGUGAAAGGGCGGUGCGACUGAACACUCAGGGUCCCGGGACCUCCACCUCGGAUACUCUUAGCUUUCCAUUCCUUCAGGCUCCUGCUGUAGAUUGUGGCAAGGGCCACCUCUUCUGCUGGGAGUGUCGAGGCGAGGCCCAUGAACCCUGUGACUGUGAGACCUGGAAGAUGUGGCUACAGAAAGUCACUGAGAUGAGACCUGAGGAAUUGGCUGGUGUGAGCGAAGCUUACGAAGAUGCAGCCAACUGCUUAUGGCUGCUCACUAACUCCAAAUCCUGUGCCAAUUGCAAGUCCCCAAUACAGAAAAAUGAGGGCUGCAACCACAUGCAGUGUGCUAAGUGCAAGUAUGAUUUCUGCUGGAUCUGUCUGGAGGAGUGGAAAAAGCACAGCUCAUCGACAGGAGGCUACUAUCGCUGCACCCGUUAUGAGGUGAUCCAGCAGGUGGAGGAGCAGUCCAAAGAGAUGACUGAGGAGGCAGAGAAGAAGCACAAGAGCUUCCAGGAACUCGACCGUUUUAUGCACUACUACACACGCUUCAAGAACCAUGAGCACAGCUAUCAGCUGGAGCAGCGCCUGUUAAAAACAGCCAAAGAGAAGAUGGAGCAUCUCAGUCAAGCGCUGAGUGCAAGGGAAGGAGGCCCACCUGACACUACGUUCAUUGAAGAUGCUGUCCUAGAACUACUAAAGACUCGCCGCAUCCUCAAGUGUUCCUAUCCCUAUGGGUUCUUUCUGGAGCCGAAAAGCACAAAGAAAGAGAUCUACGAGCUUAUGCAGACAGACUUGGAGAUGGUGACUGAGGACCUGGCACAGAAGGUUAAUCGGCCUUACCUGCGGACGCCGCGUCACAAAAUCAUUCGUGCAGCGUGUUUGGUACAGCAGAAGAGGCAGGAGUUCCUGGCCUCUGUAGCCAGGGGAGUGGCCCCCAAUGACUCUCCUGAGGCCCCCAGGCGCAGCUUCGCUGGCGGAACGUGGGACUGGGAAUAUUUAGGCUUUGCAUCACCUGAGGAGUAUGCAGAGUUCCAGUACAGACGGAGACAUAGGCAGCGAAGGCGAGGUGACAUGUCCAGUCUCCGUAGCAACACACCUGAUCCGGAUGACCCCAGCGACAAUACUUUAGACACACAUGAUGUUGGGGGUGAAUGCCGACAAGGUACUCUGAUGGGUCUUGGUUCCUUGGAUGAUGAUGAUCCUAACAUUCUCCUGGCCAUUCAGCUGUCACUCCAGGACUCCGGGAUUGCAGGGACUGGCUCCAACCAUGAGGUCCUUGCCAAUGAAGCCUCACUCGGUGCAAUUGGCACCUCCCUGCCUUCUAGGCUUGAACAGAAUACUCCUGGUGUAGAGGUCCUCCCCAGAGCUUUCCUGAGCAGCUCAGAACUUCUGGAGCUGGGAGAUAACUUGGCUGGACUUGGUAACAUCAGUAGCCAGUACCCUGCUGUCACUGGUGUUCAUGCUGAUGUACAGCAUUGUGACAGUCACCACCAGGCCUACGGGGUCUCUGUGCCAAUACCUGUGGUCCCAGGUGGCAGCAAUUCAUCGACAGGCCUCUUCCUCUCUUCCAGUGACAUGAUAAACUCGACAAUAUGUGACAGCCACGACCCAUCCUCAUCCUCUGCAUUAGCAGGUGACAUCAUGGCUUGGUUUCAUGACAUGAAUCCUCAAGGUAUCACCCUGGUUCCUUCAUCCUCCUCCGACACCAAGUCAGGCCUUGGUGCACUUCUUGCACUCAGAGAAGGUUGUCUGCAAGAUGAUGAAAAAACGUGCGUUGACGUCCUACCUGAAAACAGGAAACCUCAGGAAGUGAUGACAGAUGUGGGUUCCUGCUCUCAGAGACGGGUUGACACAGAGGAGGAGGAGGAGUGUUCCGUCGCUGAGAGGCCGACCCAGUUAGAUCUAGUAGGGCUGGACACUGUGCCGUUACCUUACAUGGCCGCCCUUGACACAUGUGAAGACCAUGCUGAGCGUGGAGGCUCUAAAGUCUGCCAUGUUGAUACUCCAAGAUGUGACUCUGUAUCUGAUCAGCUGUCCAGCACCAGCUCCUCUGAGUGGGAGGAGCAAGUGCACUUGGUAUGAUCUGAUUGGCUGCAAUGGGAAGGAGCUUUUUCGGUAUGGCCAAAAACCACUAUAGAUUGCAAAUUAAAUAGGGUAGUAGUAGCAGCUAUUCAGGUGGAAUGCAUACAGAAUGAAGGAUGUGUAAGGUCGUAUUCAGUGGGAAACAGGGCAAGAAGUAUUUCGAUUUAGACUCUUGGCUUAGUUUAGCAUUACAGUACGAUCGGUUUCCUGAAUUUACUGUAUUGUCAGUCUCCCAACAUCCAGUCCUCCAGAAAAGAAAGCACUGACUUAAGGACAAAUUUCAUUUGAUAACAAUUUUCAGUAUGUCUCCUAAAAUGAUUUUGUGCUGAUAGAAAUAUGAUAAUUUUUCUUCUGAAAUCAGUUUUAGAAGAAAUAAGAGUUUUAGAAACCUUAUUCUAGUACAGGUAUUAUUUUUGUUCCACUGGAGUAAAAGCCUACUUUAUGUGUCUGAAUCAGGGCUGAGGGACAUUUUUCAACUACAUGGUGAGCAGAUUAAUAUUCAGUUCCAAUAUGUAAUCUGUAGGCUACAGGCUGAGAGAGAAUUCUCCCCUCUGUCCAUAUCUGCCCAUUUUAUAGGUGCCAAACACUGACUAGCAAAAGCACAAUUUGCAGUCACCAAGUGGAUUUUUCAGAGCAAAUUGUGCCUGCUUAUUACAAUCUCAACAACUCAGCUAAACGUUAAUGUGAAAGUCUUGAGCCAUAUUGUAUUUGAGAUUGUGGCUGAGUGAUAUUUUCACUGUGUGACUCAGUAAUUUAGGAGCAUAACAGUUGUGCACAUUACGUGAAACAUUCAUAAAGAGUUUUGAUUAAUUAUUCAAAUGAACAUUAGGUGGCCUGCUCGAAAACAUUUCAAAAUGGACUUGAAGACAAUGGUUAUUCAUCUCAAAGCCUCAGUCCUGACAUAAUUUCAAUGGGAAAUGUCAUCUAAGCUUCAGAAACACACAGUAUCAUUUGUUUCAUACUUCAGUCACAACAUUCUAAAUUCCAUUGUAGCUCGUCUUAAACUAAUGUUUGAGCAGCUGCACCUGAAUGUAGAGUGUACAGGCUAAGCAGACGGUGAGUAACCUUGUUUAAAAACUCCAGGAAGGGCUGGUGAAACAUCAGACUUUGAUGAAUUAAUUAAACAAGCCUAAGUUACUGUAAUUAAUCUCUGCAUCCCUACAGUAUAAUAUAAACUUUUCUCAGAGCUCUGGAGAUGUCCUGGACUGCAGGGUAACGUAUGGAGAAAAAACAUGAAUGUGUAUUGGAUUUUAAACAUGUUGGCAAGGGGCUGGGGGAGGGGUCUGCAUCUUUGAAACGGUUUUCUACAGUGCCUUUAUGUCAGUCACCUUUAUUUAGUUCUUUUUCACACAUUUUCUGAGUGCUAAUUUACGGUGCAGUGUAAACAAAACAAACACCUGUUACCUUAAAGUUGAUUCUCACAAAGUUUAUAGUGUGCAGACAUGAGCUGUUUUUCAUCAAAGUAUUUGUAGCAUGAGGCUUUUUGUUGGUUCUAGUAGCACUGCAUUAAUGGAUAACACAAAUUUUUAUAUGAUUUCGUAUAAUGGUUAUUGGUCAAUGUCACUUUGAAAUAUUCUGAAAGCUUUUAUUUUUCAUUUUUUUGCACAGUAGGGCUUCUUACAGUACACAAAACCUUUCCUGUGGUUGAAACAAUCUAAAUUCACUGUAUUGACUUUGGAAUGUAUCUUACCUGAAGACACGAAAAUAUAGGAAAGUUGCAAUAUAAAGUAGGUAUCUAUGAAAUGAAACUGAUCCAACAAGGGAAAUGGAUUAUGCAUAACCAGUAUGAGAUGAAGUGCAUUGAUCAGUGUUCUACCUUCAAGUCACGUUUUUGCACAGACUGUCUGAUUGAAGUCAAUUAGCUUAUCUUUUCUAGCAGAUAUAGAGAGCCGCAUUAAA